AUGUCACAAAUCAAUCUCAACAUCCGCUAUAAUGCGUUGCCCCGGGCGGUAGCCGAGCUGCACAGAACGAAGAAGCCAGAGAACACCGGCACUGCGCAGGGGAUUUUCAAGAAGGAUCACGGCACAGACAGCAAAGAGAUUGAGAAGACAUACACCGCGGAUGAAAAUAAGCACCUCAAUGGUCAGGCGGCAGAAUGCUUCCAGUACGAUGCACCACAUCGCAUUGCACAGAUUGAAAGUUACUUGAGGAAAAUCUCAGCACUGCAUCACAUGUUGGCCCAGGAAGCCAUCGAACUGAACAACACACUGCAGGCGAUUCGGGAAACCCGAGCCACAAUGGACCGACAACGGACCGCCGACGUCAGACUGGAAGUAAGAGAGAGAAUCAGGGCAGGCACAAAACGGAAAGCCAACUCAGAAUUUCCUUCGCAUAUUUUCAUCGAAUUCGGGAUCGACGAGCUGGACAUGCUUCGUGACAAUUACACUGCACACAUGAAAUUCAUGGAGCAUGUGGAGACGUGGCGGAUAGGAAACUUGAAUGCUGUUUCGGAUGGUGCUUCGUUGUCGACCAUUUCAAUGCUCUUUUCGCCUGACACGGCGGCCCAAUGUCUGGGCGCGGCGGGAAUCGACACCGCCGGAAUACGAGGAGCUGCGUUGCGGGAGAAUGGGAUUCCGUACUAUGGAGCGCCAUUCUACGACACUGUGGAAGCCGCUGAUGCGAAUACAGCGCACGGCACCACCCAACACUCCUUCGGCGAACUUAAUUCCCAGGCCAUGCUGAAUUCCCCUCGGAACUUCAUUAUGAUGCAUCACAACCUUGGACAGGCUUUUUAUAAGGGCCAGAUCACCAUCGUACCAAUGGCCGAGGCAUCGACAUCGACAUCUGCAGAUGGGGGCACCCUUCCAGAGCCGACAGAAUAUCGACUUUUUCCCAUCGACCGCUCCCUCGCUUGUGACCGCCAGACUGCCGUUCGGAUCAGCGGCGACGAAUUCGUUUACUGUUUCACGAAGGCCAAAUGCCAGGGGCACAUCGGUCUUACUGACGCACUAGAGGAGUUCGAGAAACAAGUGGUGUGGGACAAGCCCGGAAAGUGGAUCGAACAAUCGAUGCUGGCAAACAUGGCUUCAGAAGCCAUGACGCCUCAGUUGUUCCGAGCAGAUGCCACCUUCAUCGAUGAUGGAGAGCUGGGGAAGACGGCAAAGGAACUUGCUAAAAUGGCGACUUUGGGACUCUCAAUACUCCCAGAAUCCAAGGUUUCUUCCAGCCUUUACCCUGAUGAAGAGUCAGACGAUGAAAAGUCCGAUUUGGAGGGGAUGAUUCAGCCAUCCUUCGUUCCUGAACAAUACUACUCUCCGCUGCCUGCGUUGCCCCUGGAUCCCGCCGCCUGUUGUAUUUGA